GUGCCUCUCCAUAGUCCAAACAGGCAAAAAUCCCACAACAGGCUAACCAUCUUCCGUUGCUUCUCUCUCGCUGGGGUUUCUUUCCGCAGAUUCUGUCUCUCCUAGGGUUUGAUAUAGGCAGGAAAGUGCAUCGUUCUCCUCUAUGUUCCCGCCAAGCGCCCUUCUAAUUACAUCAGGAUUCAUCUGAUUCUUUCUAUUCUACUCCGUUUUCAAUAUUAUCUUUCAUUUCUCCCUAUCUUCUCAAUCUACCGUUGCGCUUUAGGGUUUCGCAUCCAUUAUGAUUAUAGCCUCUCCUCCCUUCAUCGGUUCUGUUUUUAUCUGUCAGAAUCUUCGUGCUUUUGGUCCUGGCUUGAAUCCUUUCGCACCCUACUGUAUUGCGAAUCAUUCCGUUUUCUCUCGCUAAUUUUAUCGUCCUUUGUUUUUCUUCAGUGAGUUCUCGUUUAAAAAAAAAAAAAAGAAGUUAUGUAAAUCGGUCACCCUUUGAUCUCUAGGGCCUCGUCUUUGUUAAAUCCAGAUUAACGAGAAUAGGAGCUGGCAAUUUUUACAGGCGAUUCUUGGUGUUUCGAAAUACAGUGCUAAUUUCGAGGGAUUUUAAUCUUAGAUAUCAAAUUUCAGCUGUCAUCGGUUACUUAGAUUGCUGAAAGAUAUGCCUCAAGAGCAGCCGGGGUUCAUCCGAAGGAGCUUGUCAAGAAGGCGCUCCUUAAGGUCUGGGGUAGAUACGGAUGACAGGGGGUGGACCUCACUUCAUGUUUGCGCUCGCAAAGGAGAUCUCAAAUUGGUUAAGAAGCUUAUCAAUGAAGGAAUGGAUGUAAAUGUUGUCGCAUGGGGUCCAAAAUCAAAAGGUGUCACCCCGCUUCAUCUUGCUGCUGAAGGUGGCCACCUUCAAGUCAUGGAUGAAUUACUUGAACGUGGUGCAGAUAUUGAUGCCAGGACUAAGGGUGCUUGUGGCUGGACACCUCUCCACAUUGCAGCUAAAGAAAGGAGGAAGGCAGCGGUGAAAUUAUUGGUAGAGAAUGGAGCAUUCUUGCCUCCUGAUAUCAACGAUUGCAGAUUUAACCCCCCAGUUCAUUAUUGCCCAGGCCUUGAAUGGGCCUAUGAGGAGAUGAAGCGACUUCGAUAUGAAAACUCAUCAUCAUCUGGGGACACCUCUUGCGGCUCAGAAAGCUGAAAAUUUCUUCUGGAGUUCUGCCCGAUGCUUGGUCUGUCUUAAUUCCAUCUAUCUAGUGUGAAGUGUGAACUAAUAGAAGACUGAAACAAGCAAAACGUGCCUUCGUGUCUGCUGUGUAAUGUAUUUUACAUUACUGUCGUUUUUUUAGCCUUAAAAAACCGAAAUACAUUUAGUUGUCAUUUUUUAUCGUAUGGCGAUUGUAACUGUGUCUGCAUGGGAAUGUUGUGCGUGGGAAUGUUUUGUUCCGACCUCUGUAUUAUUGUCUGUUGUCUACAAACAAUGAAGGGAUUAGCUUUUGGACGCCCUUGUAGAAAAUAAAAAUCUAAAGCCUCCAAAGAAA